AGUGAUAACUUGAUCUAUCUUGUUUGGUGUCUGUUACCGACAAUAAGUUAUUUUUCUUUUCUCCUUUACUUACUUUUUGUGUUAAUUUUUAAUAUAGAUACUUAUAUCAAUUUAAAUAUUAACUUGCAAGAUAACACAACCAAGAGACUUUCUAAAAUUUUAUUACUAAAUCGCCGAAUAUAGUGUUAUUUUAGAAAUUUUAAUUGCUUCUAUAUAAAAUGUGUGACUUAGAAUCCGAAUGGCAAGAAAAUGAGCGGUUGAAUCUUCAACUUACACCGACAACUUCUAAUUACAACGCUCGAGUUUAUCAUGCAAGCAGAGGUAGAAGAAACGAUGGUCCCCAUAUGAGACCACAAAGCAAUGCCGCUGGCGGUGAUAAUCGACGAGAUCGAGCUACCCGACGUGGCCAGGACAGACGAGAAGAUAACAAAAAGUUUAUCAAUGUUCUUUCCAAAAAAGUGGGUCGUAUUAUUGGCAAAGGUGGAUCUAAAAUACGUGAUCUUGAAUAUGAAUCUCAAGCAAAAAUUAAAAUAGGUGAUUCUAGUGGUGAAGAAACUGUUGUUACUCUGUUUGGCACGGAUGAAGCUAUAACCAAAGUGGAAAAUUUGAUAAACGAAUUACUUCGUGAUAGGAAACCGCCAGUAAAGGAAACUAUUGACAAUAGCAAUAGCAGUGUUAGGUCUACAGAGUUUUUCAAGCUAAAUGAUGCUGGUGUGGAGGUUAUUGAUUGGGAAAAACUCAAUGCUCACUAUGAUCAAUUUCAACAAAAUCGAUGGAAUAGUUUACCUUCCAUUAUUAAGGAUUUUUAUAAAGAAGAUCCUGCAGUUGCAAACAUGUCACAUGCUGAUGUUACUCGUUGGCGUCUUGCUAACCAUGACAUACAAAUAAAAAGAACUUUUGAUGAUAAACCAGAUUUGAGACCCAUUCCCAAUCCAGUUUUAACAUUUGAACAAGCAUUUGCAAACUAUCCUGAAAUUCUAGAUGAAAUAUAUAAACAGGAAUUUCAGAAACCUUCUCCGAUACAAAGCCAAGCAUGGCCAGUACUAUUAAGAGGUGAUGAUUUAAUCGGCAUAGCUCAAACUGGAACUGGGAAAACGUUGGCAUUUUUGCUUCCAGCUCUCAUACACAUUGAUGGACAAACUAUACCUAGAGAUCAACGAGAGGGCCCUACAGUAUUAGUAAUGGCACCUACAAGGGAAUUAGCUAUACAAAUUGAUAAGGAAGUUUCGAAAUAUUCUUACAAAGGAAUAAAGUCUGUUUGUCUUUAUGGUGGUGGAGACAGGAAGGAGCAAAUAAAUGUUGUAUCCAAGGGAGUAGAUAUUGUGAUUGCUACCCCAGGAAGACUCAAUGACCUUAUUGUUGCUGGCCAUUUAAAUAUAAUCAACUUUUCAUACAUAGUAUUGGACGAAGCAGACAGAAUGUUGGACAUGGGUUUCGAACCACAGAUUAGGAAGUCUUUAUUUGAUGUUAGACCUGACCGUCAGACAGUGAUGACAUCUGCUACAUGGCCUCCGGGAGUCAGGCGUCUUGCUGAAUCAUACAUGAAAGAUCCCAUCCAAGUAAAUGUUGGUUCAUUAGAUCUAGCUGCUGUACACACAGUUACACAACGCCUAAUGUUUGUAGAAGAAAAUGAUAAAGACUCCAUCCUAUUUGAUUUCCUCUUGAAUAUGGACAAAGAUGCCAAAGUUAUUAUAUUUUGUGGCAAAAAAGCUACUGCUAUUCAUAUCACUACUGAACUUUGCAUGAAAGGCAUUGAAUGCCAGUCACUACAUGGAGAUCGUGAUCAGAGUGACCGUGAAAUGGCCUUAUCAGAUAUGUUAGAUGGCACUGUGAAUAUUCUGGUAGCGACUGAUGUAGCUUCAAGAGGAAUAGACAUUAAAGAUUUAACGCAUGUUAUAAAUUUGGAUUUUCCGCGUCAUAUUGAAGAGUAUGUGCAUAGAGUUGGUAGAACUGGCCGUGCAGGAAAAACUGGAAUAGCAUUAUCAUUUAUAACUCGAAAUGAUUGGUGCCAUGCAGGGGAUCUUAUUAAAAUUCUGGAAGAAGCACAUCAGGAAGUACCUGAUGAAUUAGAGCUUAUGGCUCAAAGAUUCCAUGCAAUGAAACUAAGGCGAGGGCAGGAAGGCGGAGGUCGCGGCCGCGGGGGAUGUAGUCGUGGGCGACGUGGAAGAUGGUAGAAUUUCGAUAAUAAUUUAUAUUCCAUUUUCAGUAUUGUAAUUAUGAGUGUUUAAUUAUAUGGUUGAUUGAAUUGUUAAUCAUUUAGGACAUCAACCAUCUCAUUCAUACUGUGAUAAUUAUAUGAUUUUUCUAAGAUUUCACUUGUAGAUUGUAAUUUGAUAUUGUUAAAUUAAAAAAUAAACUACCUAUUUAAGUAA